GACGAGGUAGAUGGUGAUACGUGCUUGGAGGGCGCUCUCUCCCACGAGGUCUUCCCCAAUGGCCCCCCCGAGACCAUCAGCAGGAUUCCAGAGGACUACAAGUUGGAGAUGAUCGUCGAGCAAUCCAAGUUGACGGUGGUCCAGCUAGUGACAGCGAAGGAGAAGGACUCCUCGGCCAUCUCGGACGCGUUCCACUUCGGCCUGCAGAUGAUGGAUAACUUGUUCCUCCCACCAGAGUUCGGCGUGUUUGAGGUGGCUCGCGGCGUCUUGACGGAGCGCCAUACUGAUAUCGGUUCACGCUGGGCGAUGAUGGACUCGUCUUGGAUCACGCCAGACGGCAAGUUGUCCUUCGUGAAGGGGUGCUACCGCUUCUUGUACGACGAGGACGAUGACGUUGCCAAGAGGGUUCAGCACAUCAACGGCGACACCGUGGACCUGCCUGAGGGGACGCACAUCGUCAAGAAGGUCCACGGCAUCAGCUGCAACUACAGCGACUGGAAGGCGGCCUUGGCGUGCAAACCCUUCUCGGGCGCCAAGCUUCACAAGUUCUUCCAGGCGACCAAGACUGGGCCGUACCGCUUCACCGUCUUCACCAACAAGGACGACGUGCUCAGCGACAAGGUGAAGAAUCGGUACACCACGUGGGCUAAGGGGCGCGGCUCUACUGCCUCGGCGUCUUCGGGUCCCACGGAGGCGCAGAAGGAGCUCCAGGAGUCCAAGAAGCGCACUAAGACGACGGCCAUGGAGUCGGCUCGCAAGAAGGCGAAGGACCUCAACGCUUUGAAGAAGGAAGCGAAGGUGUCCUCGGCUUGAGCGUGACGUCGGUCGUCUUCGUCACUAGUGAUAUUGAGUUUUGACCUGAGGAGUUCGUGCGAGUGGCAUGUCAACCACCUUGUGUAUAUCCGUCGCAGCACUGCCCUCAACCUCUAGUUUAGUGGUCAUAUCUUGUCAGCUUUAGUUGACACACGUAGCAGGUGGUGCCGCUAGCAGUUGGUGCCCCUAGCAGGUGAGGCCGCCUGCUGGGUCAGAAUGCGGGUUAUCUGACCGUCGUAGCAGGCACGGUGCCUCCAGCACGCGGCGCCCCCAGCACCUCGUGCCCAGACACGUGCGUAGGAGGGUGGUGCCCCUAGCACCGUUCGAGCUGC